AAUUAUUACCGUUACAAUACCCGAUGGAAGAUUUACAACCUGCAAAGAAACCUCGCUUAGAUAUUGAGGAACAACAUGAGUUAAACCACGUUGAAACUGGGAAUAAAUUAGAUAUUUCUGAAUCUUUUAAUAUAAAUGAAGUUAUUGAUAGGGAUGAUGAUGUUAAAGCUCAAUCUGGCAAUGAUUUACCGACGCAUAAAUGCACUGUUCAGGAAACGGAUGUGGGCAUAACGGAAUUCUUGAAUCCUGAGCUCAAAGGAUUCUUGGGUGUUCUUAAAUGGAGAUACACUGAUUUUCUCGUGAAUGAAAUUGAUUUGGAUGGAAACAUACUAAGUUUUGAUGCAGAAAUAAAAGAGAUAAAUAAUAAUGAUGCAAAUAAUAUUGAGGAAAAUGAUUUGUAUGAAUCUCAAGGAGUUACACAAACUAAGAGUGGAUCGUCGAGUAAUAUUAAUGAUUUUACGUUAGAUAAGAAUGACUCCUUAAAUGAUAUUGAAUCGGAGGAGAAAUUAUUUGAUCAAGAUUUAAUGAAUCAAAUAAAAGAUCUUGUAAAAGGCGAGGGGAAAGAUCAGCAAAGAUUUAUAAAGUCGCAACCCAUGUUAAAUAAAGAUGAACGGACCAAAUUGCAUAAAUUUAUCAAUAAAUAUUAUGGUGAACAUUUAAACUCGACUACUACAAAAGAGCAAAGCAUUUUGAUAGCAUAUCACAACGAAAAAAAUUCAAGAAGAUACGACGCGUCUAAAAAGAGGAAAAUACAAAAAGAAGAAUGGGAAAAACGCGGUGGUCAAUAUUGUCAGUUUUUAUUACUAAAAGAGAAUCGAGAUACCAUGUCUGCUAUAAAUCUAAUAAGCAAACUAAUGAAGAUCCCAUCUCGAUCAUUCUCUUAUGCUGGUACUAAGGAUAAUCGUGCGGUUACUGUUCAACGUAUUACGGCUUUUCGAGUAAAAGCCGAAAGAUUAGCUGGUCUCAAUAAACGGUUAAAUGGAAUAGUAAUGGGAAAUUUCAAAUAUGUAUCACAACCGAUACAGCUGGGUGAACUUGCAGGAAAUCGUUUCAUUAUUACGAUAAGACAAGUAAAAGUUGACUCGGAGGAAACGCUGUCGCAAUCAUUGAGUUCAUUAAAAGAUAAUGGAUUUAUAAACUAUUUUGGCAUGCAGCGUUUUGGUACAAGUUCUAUUCCAACAUGGGAAAUCGGACGUGCACUUUUGCAGAAUAACCUGGAACAAGCCAUCGAUCUGAUAUUGAAACCACGACCCGGAGAAAAUGGUCCAAUUGAAAUUGCACGGAAGCAUUGGGCAACCACCAAAAAUGCUCGAGAAUCAUUUGAAUUGAUGCCUCCGCGUCAUUACUCCGAAAGGAAUAUCUUACUAACCUUUGCCAAUACUGGAAAUACAAACUGUUUUGCCGACGCCUUUAAUUCGAUACCCCACAAAUUAAGACUCAUGUAUGCUCAUGCUUACCAGUCUUAUAUUUGGAAUCGCGUGGUAUCCGAGAGAAUUAAACUACACGGAAGUAAAUCUCCGUUGGUUGGAGAUUUAGUUCUGACCGAAAAUAAAAUUCGAUUGGAUCAAGAAGAUAUUGAUUUUCCCGACGCAGAGGCAGCUCAGACACUUGACAAAAAAAGAUCUUUUGACAAUAUGGAAGAAUCCACCGAAUCUUUUGAUGACACUAAAUUUGCUUCCAAUCUAACUGGUGAAGGGCCGAAUGCGGCAAUUAAUUUAAAGAUAAAAGUUCUCACAGAAGAAGACUUACCAAAGUACACCAUAGAAGAUGUAGUUUAUCCUACGCCGGGUUAUGCUGUUAUUUACCCAAAAAACGCGAUAUUUGAAAGUUACAAAGAAUUUAUGAUGGAAGAUGGACUUGAUCCUAUGAACAUGACAAGAAAAACAAAAGAUUUUUCCUUGCCCGGAACAUAUCGAAAAAUUAUUUUGAAACCUGAAGCAGUUAACUGGUCAACGAUUCGAUAUGACGAUCCAAUUGCUCAGUUGGUUAUAACAGAUUUUGAUGUCCUGCACGGAAGGAAACCAAACAUAGGUGUACCAGAUGGAAAACAUUUGGCAUUGCAAAUCAGCUUUAUCUUGCCGCCUGGAAUUUAUGCAACCAUGGCGAUACGAGAGAUCAUGAAAAAAGAUACAAGCUCUGCUGCUCAAUAUAAUUUGCAGAUACAGACUUGA